UCUCGUACCAUUCGUCGAAUCCGCUGCGAAGGAAGAAUUGAAUGGAAUGGAAUGCGAUACUUGGAAGAUUCUGGUUUUGCGAGAGCUUUAAUGGUGGCAGCUUUGACUAGAGAUCAUCAUCCCCAUCGCAUCAUCCCCAUCACCAUCACGUCGUCGUCGUCGUCACCAGCAUCAUCAUCAUAUAACCAUGGCAUGGGAACUGCUGCUAUGGCUAAUCGCUUUCUUCGCUGCUAUCUCUCUCCUCGUCAUUGGCGUUUUUCAGCUUGUUUGCUUGUCGGAUUUGGAAUUUGACUACAUCAACCCAUAUGAUUCAUCAUCUCGUAUAAAUGCUGUUGUCAUGCCAGAGUUUGUGAUUCAAGGAGCACUAUCCGCUAUAUUCCUCCUAACAUGGCAUUGGUUUAUGUUUCUGAUAGCAGCACCAAUUACUUACUACCAUAUAAAGUUGUAUAUGAAGAGGAAGCAUUUAAUAGAUGUUACCGAAAUCUUUAGUUUGCUUGAUGGCGAGAAGAAGUCUCGAUUAGUGAAGCUUGCUUUUUAUUUGAUUCUCUUCUUUAUCACUAUGUACAGGUUUGUGGCAUCAGCUGUUACUUCAUUUGCCGAAGAUGAUGACAGUUCACUGGAAUUUGGAUCGUUUACAAACCCCGUCCUCUGAACAAUACUUCCACUCAGACUGCAAUGCAGUAGAACCUGUUGGUUUAACAAAUUACUCAAGCAAUUGCUUUGCAUUCGAUGAUCAAAGAGUGUUUGUCAACUGGGACUGUUGUUUGGGGAAGGGGUGGCAAGCUGCUGUGGCCGCUAUUGGAGAAUGGAAAUAGGGCGGGCAAAAUUCCACAGAAGCAUCUCGAGCAUAAAUGGCUUAUCAUAUGGAAUUCAGUUCUUCUUAUGUUAUUAAUUCUUAAAAAGGAGGUUUUUUUUUUUUUUGGAAUGCAAGUAAAUAUCUUAAAUAUUCUACUAUGGUAGUGCUUCCUGCUCACGGUUUUCCUCUGUGGUGCUUUUUAAUUAACCUCAGUCGAAAUUUGGUGUGAGGAAAAAUAUUAAGCAUUUGAAACAUUAUGCGGCAAUGUGUUUGGAUGCACUAUUGAACUGAACUGCAAUUAGUAUAAUAAAGUAGAAACCAAACCAUUCAAAAUUUGGCUUUUGCUCCAAGUUGCUGCCACAUCAAUUUCAAUUUGGACUUGAAAGAAACUAACUGCGAUUCAUGGGCUACUGCCUUAUCAUGUCACACUAGGAAACAUCAGUAUCAUG